UGAUAAUUUGGAAAUUGGACUAGGAUGGUGAACUGAACUGGACCCCACCCUGUUGUGGCAAAAACCUCAAAAUAAGAAAGGGAUAAGACAUCAUUCGUCAGUCAUCUGUAGAUUUGUACGAGGACAAGAACAUGGUGAUGGCCGCCAACUCCAGUUCCAUAACAUUUGGAAUUGGUUCCUUCACAACUUCCCCAUUCUCUACAACUAGAACCUGCUGCACUCACGUUCUUGUCACUAAAAGAGUAACUUUUCCGUUCAGUCUCAUUCUGUCCCAGAGGAGGAGGUACUCAAUUACUUCACUUAGCGGUAUUCUUUCAAGUCCCACUGAGACAACUCUCAGACAUCUCAAUACACCAAUUUCAGCCCUUAAUUCAGGUUUAGAAGCAUCAAUUACGGAUUCCAGCGAAAUUUCAGCCGCCUUAACAAAUGCCAAAGUAGUAGUAGAAUCCCAAGACGAAAAUAAGAUACAACUAAGAGUGGACUUGACUGGUGAUCAAACACAGAGGGUAUUUGACAAGAUCCUGAUAAACUUAGGUCGUACUGCCCCACCAGUUCCUGGAUUUCGAAUGCAAAAAGGAGGAAAAUCAUCCAAGAUCCCAAAUAGCUUCCUUAUUGAGAUGCUUGGAGAAGAACGGGUCACCAAGUUUGUAAUACAAGAAAUACUCAAUUCUACCAUGGCUGAUUACGCGAGAAAUGAAAACUUGGAUGUGAAGGAGCGGAAGAUAAGCACCACUCAAACGGCAGAAGAACUCAAAAAAUUAUUCACGCCUGGAAAUGAAUUUGGCUUCAAUGUUAUAAUUGAGCCAGAAAAUUCAUAAGACUGUAGAUAACUUGUUAUGGGGGAUCUAAUUGUUGAGAUUAACCAGAUUGCCGCAACAAGAUUUGUCUCUCAAUGAUAAUGAUACACAGCUCAGUUAUUUUAAUGGUCAGUUUGAUGUACACACAAAAAUGGGCGAAAUAUUCUGAUUGAGACUUACAGGAAAAAAUGUAUAAAGAACUCAUUUUUUAGAUUUUUCAUCCUAAUUUUAAGGGGUUACCAAAUUGACUCAAGUUAUGUAUUAUUGCCUUCUAGAGUGAUAUAUUACUGCCUUGGAAUCUUUU